CAGCAUUUGCCAAACCCCCAAACUGGCAAUCUGCUUAAUCCCCGUUCGUUCAAUCCAUGGCGGAGAAGUGGGGGCGUGGGGGAGUUGAGGGCAAUCCCUUCCUUCGACUCUCUUCCAAUCUUCCUUCUGGACCUUCAUUCAACCUUUCUUUUUUUUUUUUCUUUUCCCCUAUAUUUUUUUUUUCUGAUCAGACGACCAUCUGUCCGUCGUCAGCAUUGACAUUCGCCCCUCUUUCCAAUCGAAAAAAGGGUCGAACAACUGUGCUUUCCUUCACCUCCCCCGGCUUUCCUCGUCCUCCCCUUUCCCCUUACACCCAUGGCAAAAUGUUCCCCCAGGUAGAUGGUACCUGCUGUCUAGCCCAUCGUCAAUGUACUCGCAACUGAGCUACUGUAGCGUCACAAACCGUCACUGACCCGUUGAA